AUGUGUUGCACCGUCGAUUUACUGGAUCCACUAAUCGAAUGCUCGAUUCUGCUGAUCACAGGAGCUUUGGCGCCACAACGGAAGGGAUGUGAAAAGCUCUACGAGGCACUGAUGAAGGUGCACAGCGCCAAGUCCUGUGCCAUACGAGAACUGGUCGUAGUGGAGAAUGUGGCGAAUGUGCUGGCUGAGAGGGUGAGCUCUGUGCCAAACACUCUCAUUCCACUUUUGGCCGCUUCACAUUCUCCCCAUUCCUCACCUCCUCCUCCUCCUCCUCCCACUACUACUACUACCACUAAGGCUACUACUACUGCUACAACCACUAAUACCACCGCUCCGGACAAGGUGAUUGAGAGCAUGCAGUACUUCCUGCAAGGCAUCGGUCUGGGUGAGUCUUUCUUGCCUCCUGCUUUCACUCCAACAUCCUCCUCUCAACCUCCAAUUGUUGCUCCAAAGCUUUGCAAACGAGCUUCGUCUUAA